AUGCAGUCCUUGAUGGGAGGUACGCCCAUGGCGAACGCCCCGUCCAACCUCGGCAUCUCUGCCGGCCCUUCUGCGCCUUCUAACGGUGCGCUGGCGAAUGGCCUCAAAUCCGCCAAUCCACCCGUUUACAGCAGCGCAGAGGCCGCAGCAAACGCACAGGGCCUCAUCUACCCCGCUCUCCACCUCCACCCGCUCAACGAUACCUUUGCACCAAAGCAGAUCAGCCUUGCCCCUCCAGGACCCAACAAUCGCAUCAAGAUCGGUCGGCAGACCAAUGCAAAGACCGUUCCCAACCCAACCAAUGGCUACUUUGACAGCAAGGUGCUUUCGCGUAUGCAUGCAGAGGUGUGGAGCCAGAACGGCAAGGUCUACAUAAAGGACGUCAAAUCGUCCAACGGAACCUUCAUCAACGGCGAGCGUCUCUCUCCCGAAGCGCAGGAAUCCGACGUCUUUGAGCUCCACAACGAGGACAUGGUCGAGUUCGGUAUCGAUAUUGUUGGCGACGACAACAAGACCAUCAUCCAUCAUAAGGUCGCUUGCCGUGUCUACCUCGUCCUGACUGCCGAAGAUGCGCUCAGCCUGCGUCACGAUUUUGCCAGCCUUUAUCGCGGCGGCAUGCACGGCGGUCCUCUCGGCAGCAACGGCGUCGGUCCAGGUGCCGAAGGAGGACUUCGCAGGACCAAGGCCGGCUUCAGCUUCGACCACGUCCUCAGCAAGCUCCAGAGCGAGUUGCAAAGGAGCAAAGACACUUGGAACGACCUCGGCAGCCUCACCUCCACCAUGCACGACAUUCACGAGACCCUCGGUGGCAGCGCACCGCCCCUCUCGUCUGCCCCCUAUCCGCAUCUCGUGCCACCUCUGCCAGGCUCGGUCACCGCGCAACAACAACAGCAACAGCAGCAGCAAGAACAAGAACAACAGCGUGCAAAAGACGCCGAAACGCAAGCGGCCAACGACGUGCACUCCGCCACCAUCUCGGCACUUCAGAUGCAGCUUUCAGAGACUCAAUCUUCCUUGGCGGCCCAUGUCGAAAGGGUCCGCAGCCUGGAAACCAUCCUCUCCGAACACGACUCGAUCAAGCGCGAAGUCAGCAGCAUUAAAUUGCAGAUGGAUGAAGCCAAGCGCGAGCUCGACGCUGUCGCCUUGGCUUCGGGCUCCUCCUUUUCUUCUCGACACGGUGUCAAUGGUUUUGGCACCAUUCGCGGCGGAUCCGAUUUUAGCCGUUCCCUCCAGGACCUUGACGAUGGCGCCAGUGUGGCAAGCGUCGAGACUAUCACACAGAACAAUGACGACGACGACGACGAGGGCGACAAAGACCAAGGCGCCGGGCACGUCGGCCCUCGCGCACCACCCGAUAUGCCAUCCCACCUUGAAUCCGAGGACGCUGCCGACCUGAGCUCGUCUCGAGGGCCACAGGUGACAGCGGCCGGCGACUCUACCUCAGACCCCAGCGCUGUUGCCGCCGCGGAGGCCCCAUCGGCCUUGACACACCACAACCUCAUGAAGCAGAACGACGAGCGCGACGUUGAGCUUCGUGCACAGAAUGAGGCUCUUUCUUCACGUCUCGAGGAAUUGGCCUCACAGCUCGAGCAAGCGUUGGCACUCAGUCGCGGGCUGCAGGACCAGCAUGCGCAGGUCACCGACACCGUCAAGACUCUCGAGGAGCGCGUGCACACGUUGGAAAAGGAGGUCGAGCAAAAGGCCGCGGCAACCUCACCAUUGCCUGCUGCGUCGGAAGAGACAACAGCGGCUCUACUCAAAGGCAUUGAAGGACGAUGGACCGAGUUCCGGAGCGACUUUGAAGAGAGCUGGCGCAAGGAGCGUCAGGGCUUGCAGACGGAACGCGACGAGCUUCGCCAGGUGGUGCGUGCCUGGGACGAGGCCAACCGCCGCAUGGAGGACGAGCUGAACGGCGAAGGAGAAGACGUUGACGCGGAUAUCCAUGACGGUGGCAGCGUCGCGGCAGGAUCGUCCGAGGUGGACGCCUCGCAGCAAGAUGGUGCCUCGAUCGCAGCGAAUGCGUCGGAAGCUUCCUCCGCGUCGUCACUACUUACUUCGAACGGGUCGAGCAGCCGUCCCAGACGGAACAACGCACGUCGCAGCAAGCGUCAUGUCAAUAGCGCGCUUCGUUCCUUGCUCUAUGGCAGUGCUACUGCUGGUCUGAUGCUCGAAGGUCGGGACUCGGAGGAGGACGAUGAGCGAUGGGGUCACACCUCGCGCUCACGGCUGUCUCGACAGAGUCCUGACGACGACGCGCUGUCUACCAGCCAGUCUGUGCGAAGCAUGGCCGACUCUACUUCCACGCGUCCUUCCACCUCGACCGAGGUGACGACGCCCGAUCUGGCGCUAGACGCUUCGAGAAGCGACGCGGCCGCGCUAGACACGCCAACAAGCAAGCAUGACCCGCACUACGUUCGACCUCGGCAUGGUCGAGACGGUGGUACAGAGACGAGCGUUAGCAGUAGCGGGCGGCAUGCGCAGGAGCGUGCCGUCGGUCCGCAGACGCUAGCUGCUGCGGGCAUUGUGUUUGUGGGACUGACAGCUUGGAUCUUGGCUGGCAAAGACCUUGCGCGUUUGAAUGUGGCGCUCACUGGUAAGCCGUGA